UCAAUUACCUGUUCCCUUCCCACAGCACCGACGCGAGCGCGAGUUGGCGAGCACAUGCCACGCGGACAGGAGAACGUCUGAACUGCACGCCGGCUGCACGCGCUAAACGAGGAGCAUUCCAGUUGAAUCUUUGAGAAGAAAAAGAAACACAGAGAAACUCCACCAAGUGGUUUAACAGAAGCUCCCCCAACCUGAAACAAGCGGGCGACCGAGGAUCUGAGAGACCUGCGAGGAUGCACUUGUUGUCCGCCAGCCGCGUGCGCGUGUUCCUCUGGGCCGCGCUCCUCCACCAAGCCAGCAGUUUGGAGACGGUUAUCGGCCUGUAUGGAGAAACAUUUGAGAUCCCCUGCAACAAUGGAGCCAUAAAAUCAGAGGACAUCAUAAUGACUAAAUGGAAAUAUGACAAAGGAGAGGGGACUCCGGGAGACCUGCUGGUCAAGCAGAAGAAUCAGAACGUCUCAAUCAGCGCCACUGAUGAAUACAAGGAUCGCAUUCGCUUGGCUGAAAACUCCAGCCUGCUGCUGUCUGCGGCCAAGCUGAGCGACCAGCGCACCUUCACCUGCAUGGUGGUGGCCGGCGCCGACAUCACAGAAUAUCCGGUUCACGUGGUGAUCUACAAGACGGCGGCGGGCCUUGAGAUUUCGGACAGAGCCGAGGAACUAGAGAUCGGCAAACUUACAAAGCUUGGGACAUGCGUUGCAAAAGACUCUAACCCAGCUGCAAAUAUAACAUGGCUCAAGAACAACUCACCCCUGGAGGCUGAUGGGAAAGGGAUAUCCAUCAAAGCCUCGGUGCUGGUGAACCCCGCUACUGGCCUCUCAACGACCACUUCCACACUGGAGUACUCGGCGCAGAAGGAAGACACCGGCGCCGAGUUCACCUGCAGCACUAAGCCCACCGUGGGCUCAGAGCUGUUCUCCCCUCCAGCAACCUUCACCAUCACCUACUCCACAGAGAACAUCGUGCUUCAGGUUACCGCUCAGGACCCUCUGGUAGAAGGCGACAACGUGACUUUGAAGUGUGUGGCAGACGGCAACCCGCCUCCUACUGCCUUUAACUUCUACCUGAAGGGGGCGUUGGUGAAAGUUGAAAAUGCAAAUUCUUACACCAUCAAGAAUGUCACGCGUAACACGAGUGGGGAGUACAAAUGCUCUCUUAUCGACGACCCGUCAAUGGAAGCAUCAAAGGAAAUCACCGUCAACUACCUAGACAUCGAUUUAAGCCCCUCUGGAAACAUCGUCAAGAACGCCGGUGACGCCUUGGAUCUAUCGCUCCAGAUUGACGCCUCUGGAAUCUCGGCGGUCUCUUGGAAGAAGGACAAUGUUGUAUUGGAUGAAGAGCCCAACUUUGCCGAGCUGACUUACACUGACUCUGGGCGCUAUGAGUGUGAGGUGAAGAUGGGGGGGCUCAGCCAGAAAGCUUUCAUCGAGCUGACUGUCGAAGGUGUUCCAGUUAUCAAACGGCUGAUCAAAAAGCGCGGUGAAGACGGGAGACACAAAGUCCUGAUCUGUGAGGUUGAAGGAUCUCCAAAGCCGGCUGUUUCCUGGAGCAUCAACGGCACCUCGCUCGAUGAGAGUCCCUUUGUCAACGGGAAGAUAACGCACAAGAUCACAGUUGUGCCUACCGCAAAUCUUACUGUCUCGUGUACGGUGUCCAAUGAGUUUGGCGUGGACAGUAGGACUAUAAAUGUGUCAUCCCUAAAUGAGGAGGUGAGAAUGGAUAAACAAGACCAAUCAGACGAUAACGACCAAACCAAGUUGGUGGUUGGCGUUGUGGUCGGUCUCCUUGUUGCCGCUUCGGUUAUUGCCCUUGCCUACUUAGUCUACAUGAAGAAAUCCAAGCAAGGAAGCUGGAAGACCGGCGAAAAGGAGGACGGGUCCUCUGAGGAGGAGAAAAAACUGGAGGAGAAAGUGGAAGAGAACAGCCAAAAAGCUGAGGUGUAAAGAAAAGUGAACGUCUCCUGGAAAUGUGAAAGUUGGAACGUGAAACUUUUACACAAAAAAACAAGUGUACAUUGGGACGAAGACGCUUUGGAUUUGGUUUCAGGGAAGAUUUGACAAAAAAGCAUAUCCAAAUACCCCCCCCUCAACGCUUCAAACCAUCACUCCAUUCCAAGAAAAAGAAGAAAAAAAAGAAAGAAAGACGGAAUGCAUACUGAAUGCGGAAUACAUAACUUGUCUGCACUACUGAUACACGUGUAAACUUGUCCACUAUUAGGACUGGAAUGGAAUUUGGGAAACUGAGAUAACGCAGAUCUUUUUUUUUUUCAUUUUGCUAGUUGAUGCAAGUAGAAUUGCUACUAGACCAGUUGCCUUUGCCGUAAGGAUGUGUAGGCCUGCAUUAGUCUGACCGUUCGGCCCUCCGAAGGGACAUCACCGCCACCGCUUUUUAGCUUCACGUCGCCACAGUCGAACCGCCUCUGCCUUCAACAUCCGUGUGCUAAAUGUGUUUAUCGGAGCAUUUCUUCCAGUUUGUCUCCUCAGCCGUAAAAUAAUGUUGAACUAGAGAGGAAAUUCCUGAAAGGUUUACGGGUUAUGGGGGUUAAACUCGACAUUAGUUGCAGAUGGUGAUAUGAUUUACACUGCAGGAAGUGAGCGAGUUCUUUGGCAUUACAUGAUUUUUGAUUUUUUUUUUGUUCUUUGAUCGUGUGUACCUCUUUGCAAAGUAAUCAAGAUUAAAAAAAAAGAAGAAACUCAGUUUAUUUUUCCCAUUUAUUUUUUUCAAAUGUACUGUACAUUCGACACAUAACCACUGUGUAAGACAGGCAUGUAGAUUAUUGAGCAAAAGUUUAGGGUACUCAUGCUGUUGGCUGUACAGAUUGUUUUACAUUUUGUUUUCACGCAUAAUAACUCAUUUAGCCUGUUGUAGUGAAAGAAAGUUUCAUGGCUGUAAGUGAAUUCUCUAUUUGUUCCACAUUAGUGUAUGAUUGUUUAUUGUGUAGCAUUUUUGGGACGGAGCACGCAGAGAGGACCAGGUGUUUAUCUUAAAGUAGCCGUCACGAUAAAUUUGCCUUCUUUUAAAUACCAACCUGUAGUUGCUUCAGUUUGUGAUGUGCAUUAUAGUUCCUGCUUUCGUGUCAGAUUUGUGUAGAAUACGAUGGAAUACGCGCGGCUGUACAUUUCACAAAUUUGGUCGUUUUUAAGAGCGUUUACUCAAUUUGAAAAUGUAUCAAGACUGGGAUGUUAUUGUGAAGUAUGUGAAUUUAAUUUUCUUUUUGCUAUUUAUAUUGUAAAAAAUGUCCAGGUAGGCAAAUUCAAUAAUGUCCAUGUAAUUCAUAGCUUGGAUUGAAACAGUCGAUAAAAUGCUUGCAGACAUUACUAAGGUGUAAUUAAGUUGCGAGUCCUCCGUAGUUGGCUCAGCGUCAGGUUGAACACUGGAUUCACAGCAUGUGAUAGUCUCACACCUCCAAGCUGCUGUUUGUAAAACCAUCAAAUUGGAAGAAUGACCAAAGAAAGUGAACAUUGCCAUGCAAGUAUUGUAAAUACCUGAUGUUUGUUUUUGUACUUUUGUUUAAAAUAAAGUGUACAUUUGGAAAAAACCUGUCCACUGAAUAUUAAUUAUGUUACAGUUUCCACAUUUGUCAUCUUUGAAAUAAAGAGCAACAUGGUUUUGAAAUGUGUUUCACCUCUGGGAAUAAAAUAAGCAUUUGUU